AUGAUGGAUUACUCGAAGGCGCAAAUGGUGAGUGUCGACGACGAGCACUCGUGUUUGUUACAGUAACAAAGCGAAUCACUUAAUGAAGACAUGAGCAGGAACCGUUUAACUCCAACAAAACAGUUCCUCGAUUACUUACUGAACACGUUGGCUGCUUUUCGUCAAUGUUGGCCACGAAUUCGCUUUCAUUUGUAGGCCAGUUGAUAUAAGUUUAUUCCUCAUGAAUGAAACCGAGUAAAUAUGAAAGAUUGACUUUUCCUCGAUUUACUGGAACGAAGAAAAUGUAAUAACGAGAAACAUCUGUGUGUGUCUCAAAAACUGCGGUGAAUUCAUGUGAUUUCUGUUAAUAAUUGUCCUCAAACCGUCAAGCUAUGUUUCUCUUAAAUCAUUUCCGAGGCCCCCACUGUAUCUCUUUGAAGCACGUUUACCAUUAACUACUACUUCAAAAUCAAACUACAGUCAAUGUAAAACCAGCACCAGUGUUGAUAGACUUUUCUGAUUAUAGUAACCUAGAUUGACACUAUUUUUUCAUCUAAAACUGUUUAUUCCUGACUUGCAAUUUCCUUCAUUAACACUUUGUUUCUCCUUUUUCAGUCAAGCUUAUCCAAAGAAGGCAGUUCAGCUGGAGGUCCUCAGUUCACUGCUGCUGGGGUGAAGCUGGAGGCCAUGAUGGAGCAGCUGCAGAGACAACAAGAGGCCAAAGUGGGGAUGAACCUGCAGGAGAAUCAACAUCUCCAGGCCCAGUUUCUGUUUGCUCAACAUGCAGCAGCGGCGGCAGCAGCCAGGGCCUCCGGAUCCAGACUGGAACCAGCAUUACUCUACAAAACAGAUGGACAGAUUUUUCAAGCGGCUCAAAAAGCUUUCAACAGCCACUUCAGUCGAGCAAAUCCAGAUGAGGGAGAUGGAAAUUCAGACGAAGAGGAGCUGGAAAUGGAGCCUGAGGAGAAUGAUGAGUUGGAGGAAGACAUAGAGGAGGAUGAGGAAGAUGAGAAAGAGCCUCUUCAGCAGGCGAAGAAGCCCAGGCUCAAGCAGGAUGCAGGGUUCCCCUUUCCUAUGUAUUCAUCACCCCAGGCUUCAGCUGUGAAGAAGAUGUCUGAAUCACCACCUUUAGCAAUAAAACAGGAGCAUGAGGAGAAGGAGGUGCUGUCUCCUGCAGGCCAACAAGCCUUCACAUCACCCAACGGCUUCUCAGACUGGAGCUUUGAGGAAUCAUUCAAACAGGUACGUUAACUUGCAAGCAGUGCUGUUUUCUGUUUUUUUCCUCACAAAUUGGAGACAUUAAAUCUAAUCUGCCCCUUUUAAUAGUUAAUGAAGAAGUAGGAUCAUAAAUAAAAGUGGUAAACAUUUGGUAGAUCUUACUCCAGAGAGAGAUCGUUUAAACUGUUUAUACAGCGAUACAGAGCUGUUUGAAUGUUGAUUUAUUGUGGGAAUAUUAUAUUUUAAUUUUGGCUCAUGAGGGAGUUAACUUUUUAUCUUUUAGACAAGUCUGUGUUUGACAAAAGAGAAAAUUCAGAAGAGUAAAAUAAAAAAAAACACAGAGAGGAGAGGUUCAAUAGGUCAUUGUUUAUCGAAUUUCCCUUUGGGGACAUAUCAAGUACUUGUAUUGUUUGAUAAAUCAGCUUAUCCUCCAGGAUUAACAGCUGUAUUGUCACCACAUUUCAAUUUAUGACUUUUCAGGUCUGAAAGAGAAACCUGAAGUGCUUCUUGGCGUCUUAUAAAUUUCAGUUUUAGCCUUUCCAGAAAAUAGUAUAAAUGGUGGACCAGAAAACUAGGCUGUGGGAGAAAAAAUGAACAUCUGUAUCCCUUUUUCUGAGCUGCCAUGUGUUACUCUCUUUCAAGUAAUUGCUGACUUGUUCCUGCUGAGAGUCAGGCGCGCUGCUCCCUGGUUUGCCUCCUGUUUUCUCACACGUCAAGUAAAGAGUAUAAAGGAGCGUGUCCCUUUUGGCAAGAUGCCCAAUCUUGAUAGAGUUUAAUUACUGGCCAGGCCAGAGAUCUCUCCUCCUGCCAUACCUCACCUCAUGUCUGGCGCUUUAAGAAAACACAUUCUUACCACCACCAGCAGAGCUAAUUGGUCUUGGCCUGUGUCCAAUCCUAACGGUUCAAAGUAACCUGACAGACAUGGAGUUAAAAUGAGAGCAGAGGAUUAAUGGAACGGCCACAAGUGUUUUUUUUUACGCUCCUGCUCUCCUGCUUUUACUGUAAGGUACUUUUGUGUGAGGCAGUCGGACUUUUCUCCUAUUGUAAGAGCCAGAUUUCCUCCAGCAGAUAUGUUUGACUCCUUCUUGGUAACAGAGGGUCCCCUCAUUUUUUUUCUCUUUCCUAUGACGCCCAAUCUGAUUGGCCCCUCUGUGUGUACAUUACCCUCAAAAAGGCCCCAUUCAGUACAAUACAUUAUGAUUAAUGGGGCCUAUAGGCAAAGGGACAGCUGGGUUUGCGCCUCACGGCAUACCAUCAAGCAAAUACCCAUAAACGGGACUAACUGUAGUUUCAGGGGGGCAGAAUUAGCUUUUUUGUCAGAUUCUUGAAAUGUUGACUCUAGUUUAUAGAUAUCUCUUAUUUAUUUUACCAUUACUGCCAGAGUCUUUAUAAAAGUUGUUUUCAAGUGGAGACUAAAGUUAGCGUUUCUCUUCAUAAGCAUAAGAUCCAUCAGAGUUAUUUGUCCAUUAACCUCUUCUCAAACCUUAACAGGCUCUAAAAAAAAUCACUGCUGACCUAGCUCAGACUCAGUGGAUAGCUUUGCAUUAUUUAGCGGUCGCUAUGCAACGCUAAAUGGCGGCUUAAUUCAGCUGCAGCCAAUCAAUACAUUAUAUGGCCACUGCAGUGAGAAAGCGUUUCCUGUUCUAAGACUAGCACAAAACAACACAGGGGAACAAUGGAGAACAUUUCUUCUGUUUUAGUCAAAACAUAGUGAUGAGUUCAUGGAAAGUUGGAGAAUAACUCGGCUGCAGUUGUAGCCUGUGUGUGACACUGUUAAAAGUGUGUUUUUUGUGGUUUAAAGCAGAACGAUGAACGACAUAUGGGGCAUUUACUGUGAUCUAAUACUCAGUUAAAUCAAUCGAAUAUUCUAGUAGGGGGUGUCUUUAGGGUUUGCUUAUUUGCUAGUAGGAGCAUAAAAAAACCCAGCAUGUUGGAGGAAAAUAUUGGUCUUUAUAAAAGCAGAAACAAUCAUUAACAUGCUUUUGAAAGUGGAAUCUUACGCGUGAUUAUUAAUGGCUGGUGUUAGUUGUUGUUGUUGUAGUAUUCUUAUGUUCCCCUCUAAACCCUUUUCUUUCCCUCAGCCGCAGCCUUUCAUUUGCAUUAUUUCACCAAACAUCUUAAAAAAUCUGGACACGCCAAAUAAUCCACGCUACUAUGAUCCCUUUGUGUACUUUGUUACUGUACCCCUUUAAAUGUGGCAUUGGUGGACAUAAAAAGCCCCCACGUUGUCCCCGGGCCCAGCUCAAAGCACAGCGUGGGGCCAGAUAAGUGAUCUUGACUUGUUCGGCUCAAUAAUUUGAUUUGGAUUAAAAAUUUUGCCCCCCCUGCAGUUACAUUGAAGUUUAGGAGGGAUAAGUUUUCACUGCUGCUCUGCUGGAGCGGCUGGAUUAAAUUAAUGAAGCUCAUUAUCCAAAGGAAACUCCUGCUUGGUGUUAAUGUAAAUGUUUAGGGCUUUUUUAAGUGAGUGAGAUGUCUUUAAUCUCGGCUAGCUGGACACAUUUCUGCAGUGCAAGCCCUAAACAUUAACAUUAUCAUUUGUAAUUUAAAUAUUUCAAAUAAUCUCAAUGCCUAAUAAAAGAGAGCCUUUUUGAAGGAAACAAAAGAAACCUUUUCCUGACCUACAUAGUGAAUGCUAUCUGGAUUCCCACGGCUGCAUGUGUGAAAACUGUGAGCAAUUAACUGAAAGCUCUUUGUUAAUGGAUCCACAGUAGGUCUCACUUGCUCAUCAACAAGAGGGGGAGGGGUUUUAUUUCCAUUUGAUGGUGAAAAGACUUGGAUGUUUAUCUACCUCUGCAUCAAUAAGCUUCUGGUGGGGGAGUAAAGGUCCUUUAGGCUAAGGCCAUCUGAUGUGUCACGGCUCAGUCAUCACAGGGGCAGAGUCUGGGGUAGAAAGUGGAUCUUAUACAGCAACAUUUUCCUCCUUUAACCAGAGAAAAAACAGAGGAGUAGGUUAUUAUAUCACCUGAGAGCAGCCUGUUUUCACAGGGGUCCAUUUAGUAGUGAUUACUUACCAGGGGGACUUUUAACACAAAAGGGUUAUAUUACAGGGUGAAGGAAGACUCGGAGGUGGAUAAAGUUAUGAUGAAAAAUAAAAACAGUUCUAUAAUCAAUAAGUAUAGCAAGGUUAACAAGUGGCUACAGGAAUACUGGAUACAUUUUUGGUGAAGUUAGCUAAAGAUAUUGAGUAAGAUGGCUCAAAGUAAGCUAAAAGUAUUCACGUAAAGUAAAAACUAAAGACCAAAACAUGUAAAUGUUGAAUUAACAAAUUAAGUUUUAAAAUAGAAAAUGCAUUUUUCAAUGGUCAAAUGUUUGAUGUAUUUGGCUUUAAGUACCAUGCAGUUGUAGCUAAUAAUUGGCUAAAUUUGUUGAUAAAAGAGGUGGUUUAAACAGUAACACUAAGGUUGGAGUAACAAACUCAGUUAAAAAAAACAGCAAAUGUUUCUGUAGCCAGUCAGAGUAAUAAAAUAGAGUCACAUUAGUCAGAUUAUGGCAAAAAUAGCAGAAGUGGCAAAGUUUGAAUAGCUUGAAUUAAUAGAAAAUUGGUUGAGAUUGUAAAGUUUAAAUAACAAAUCAGUGGUAACUAUGGUGACAUAGUUGGAUUUGAACUAUGACCAGAUUAAUCUGAAUAUUAUUAAUAAGAUUUCCCCCAAAAACAUCAAAUUUUCUGCAUUAUGAAAGCUGAAGAAAUCCAGUUUUUGAUCAUUUAGGCGUUAACCACGGCGUCUCAGGGAGGUACUAUCACGCAGCUUUGUGUACGUGUCAGCAGAUUGAAUUUUGUUGUCAUUGUAAACAUGAGGAGGGCUACUGUAGGAGUGGAAGCCAGCAGAUUAUUAGUUCCCAUGUAUUUUAAAAGCUCAGAGUGACAUUUUGUUUGUUGUUGGACCGAGUACAGAAACAUCUGCCAUGCCAUCAGUCAGCAUGAUAGCGUACCUCAAGUGCAGACUGAGUCAGUGAAAUGCAGACAUCAAACAAAACUGUUAUGAAGAGAGGUUAUUUAAGAUGAUGAAGGUGAUCUAUUUGAUAAACCACAAGAAUACUAAUUACAAACACAAAACAGCUUUUGUUGUCUUGAUAAGUAGGCUAGAGUUACCAUGUGGGCAACCGUCCCCCAUAAACCCAAAACAACAACAUGUUAAAAAAAAAACUGUGACUUCUCACAAUCAGCAACUCAGUGAACAAAAGUAAUAAAGUUUCCACUUAAACGCCAGGUUUGAUGUGAAGUUAGGAGGGGUAAUAGAUUUUGAAAAGUCAUCUCCGUAAUGUAAUCGUGCUGACAGAGAGUUCUUAAGACAAACAGCAUCCUGCGGCUCUUUGUCCGCGUUAGCGGGACAAUAACCCCUCAGCGGGUUUUUCCACACAGUUGCACACACGCUGCCCUUCUCUCACAUUUUUAACCUCUAACUGUCAUGUUCAGGGGGAGGCCGUGGAGGAAUAACAUGUCUUAUUAAACUACCUAAUGAGCAAUGGGGCCUUACAUAAAUCUCUCUUAAACUGUGGCGAGCUUUGAAUUGAUACUCCCUUUAGAAAAAUGUCCUUUAAUGUGUAGAGAACGCCGUAGCUGUACAGGCAAAUGGAUGCUAACAGGGAGCAACCAUCUACAGGAGGGAGGGAAAGAGACAGGGGGCAAAUUCCAAAAGGAAAGGUAUCAAACGCAGAAAGAAGGGACAUAUCUGUUAUACCUUUUGAUACUGUUUUAACCAUGUAUUGCUAUUCAGUUUUCCCAACAGACUUUGAAUAAAAACCCUCAUUAAAUCUUAAAUAUAAAGCUGACAAAAUUGAGGACAAUCUGUUCACUGAUCUCUCUUUUUUCGCUGUUUUACAGAGAGGAAGUGCCAUCUGGGCCGAGGACAAUGAUGGAGGAAAAGUCAGAGGAGAACCAUCCAGGGACUUUGCCAAGGUCUGUAGAUUAAGAGGAGACAUUCAAACCAGACAGGGGUUUAGCUCAGUGGGAAGAAAUCAUGUUUCCUUCGUACAGAGGUUACAGUUUGACUUCCACCUCUUGUCAUCCCCUCAAAGGUUUACUGAACAGUUUGAAAUCUUGUUUUUAAUGUUUGUUUUACUGUCUAACUUGCAGCUGUAUGAACUGGACAAUGAUCCACAAAGGAAAGAGUUUCUUGAUGAGCUGUUUGUCUUCAUGCAAAAACGAGGUGAGAUUCAAAGUUUUUGGAUUUAAAAAUGUAGGAUUUAAAAAUGUGGUUUUCUUGUUUUUUCAGCCUAGGUCUGGGUGACUUAUAUUUAAGCAUUAAAUGAUAAAUAUUUAGAUGAUUAUAUGGUAUCUCUUAUAUGUUUGUAGAAUAUCUGAAAUUGUACCGACUGGUACUUUUGUCAUGAAAUGCUACAAAUGAAUGCAUUAAUACUUUAGUAGUUUUUCAUGUUGUUCUACCUCUAAAGGAUACUUUAAAAUGUUAUGUAUGAACUGUUUUCUGUAUUAUCUCAUAAGUUGGCUAAACUAUGUAAACUAUAUUCACUGUUUGCAUAUUCUGUAUUUGUUUAAAGAAAGGAUCCUAAAGCAGCUCAUUAAAUCGUGGAAUAAAACUCGUAAUUUGUACAGUAAAAUAGUGUUUCAAAUAAGAAGUGUGUAUGUGCUGAAAGAGCUUCCUUUUAAAAUUGAAGAUAAGGUCUUUAAAUUUGUAAAUCUAAAGUCUUUUAUUCAAUCUUGCACACUUUUAGACUUUAAAUAUAAACAACACCUUUUCCCAGUUCCAGUUAUCCACUAAAAUGUACUUAGCCUUAUAGUAAACAUCAGUAAUCUUUACUCCUGUGUGAAGUGAUCAAAGCCAUGCGAAAUGUCAGUGUGUGAGUGUCUGUGUGCGUGUCGGUGUUGUGUGUUAAUCUUAAUCACAAAGUAAUCUUAUUGCUCCAACUGCCUUUUUACCCUCCUUCAUUAAUUGCCUUUACUCCAAAUAGGGAUUGAGAGGGUGAGCUGUCAAUCCCUUGAUUGGCAGGCACUGCUGGCUCUAAAACCACCCCUCCCCCUUACAGUCAAAUCAAUGCGGCACUGGAGUUGAUGACUUAGCCCCACCCCCAUCCAUCUGAAAUAAGCUUUAUUAGAGGUCCACAUGGGUAACAGGUCUUCGCAUGUCUAAUCUAACACUAAACCAAACUCACGCCCUUUGGUGGGUCAGUCAGACUAUCUCUCCCACAGUUUUUGAACCUCCUCUUUCUGAUCCCAGAAGAGUUUUCCUGGAGCACAAUUCAGAGUAAUUAAAUGAAUCUCUUACAUUUUUGCUUCACAUUUGUUUAGGAACUCCUGUAAACCGCAUUCCCAUCAUGGCCAAGCAGGUGCUGGACUUAUACCGGCUCUACAAGCUUGUGACAGAGAAGGGGGGCCUGGUGGAGGUGAUCAACAAGAAGAUCUGGAGGGAGAUCACUAAAGGUCUCAACCUCCCAACAUCCAUCACUAGUGCAGCCUUCACACUCCGCACCCAGUACGUGUCCCUCUUUGGUUUCUUUAAGUUUUUAUUUGUGUGUGUUUUCAGCCCUCACUGAAGCAUUUGAAGCAGCUUACCGAUAUGAUUAUGAAUGUUUUAGGUCCAAAAUAUUAAAGGUGAAAAGGUCUCUCUUUGUUUGAAAUUGGUUAUAGAAAGUAUAAAAAACAUCAAAUGCCUGAAAUGCUCAGUUAUUAAAGCUCCUUUGAGAGUUUUUUGAUGGUUAUGCAACAAACUGAAAUUUUUAGCAAUUACUGUUAAUCAUCUGCAUGUCCCCUGAAAUCACAAUGUCUGACUCGUGUGAAUCUUUCCUCGGCAGGUACAUGAAGUAUCUGUACUCAUUUGAGUGUGAGAAGAAGGGACUGAGUUCUCCAGGUGAGCUGCAGGCUGCCAUCGACAGCAACCGCAGAGAAGGCCGACGUCCUAGCUAUACGAGCAGCCUGUACCGCUACACCCCCUCCCCAAGCGCUGCCCCACACCCCCUCCUCUCCUCACCCUCCAUGCAGGCCACCCCGACUGGACACAAUGGCCUGACAGCGGCAGCUAGUCCAAAUCUGAAGAGAAACACAGGUACGAUGACAGUUUGUUUGUUUGUUACCCUAAACAACCCACUGAGCAAUAGACGGCUAUUAGACAUCUAGGUUUGUUUAGACCUUAUUUCAACCAUCUAGAUUCUGUAAAUUUUUAGACAGAAUUUAGAUGUUGCACUUCAACACAUUUAACCCAACUAUUUAUUUCAAAAAGCAGAUUUAGUGCAGAUUUAGAUUUGGUCUAAACUUAGUCUAAAUUUAGACGUCUAAAAAACUUUCAUUUUUAGACCUGUGGUAGCCUGAUUUUAGACCAGCCGUCUAGGCUACAUUUAGACGUCUCAUUAGACCUCUUUUAGACCGAAAAAUGCUCAGUGGGAAAACACAUUUACUGACUGAAGGCUUAAAAUCCAAAUGAUUUUCAGGGGAUGUUAAACUUUUCAAAAUCUUUGACCACCUUUAUUUCUUGGUUAAGCUUCAACAAUUUUACUAUUUAACUUUUCUACCUCCUCAGUCGUUGUUAGUCAGGGAUAAGUUGAAACCCUACCUCUGUUUAGUGUGGCAGUUGAUAAAUCUGGAAAUAAAUGAACUUGUGACCUCUAGUGGUACAUUUUUUCCUUUUUCUUCUCACUUAGGCGACUGUAAAUAUAAAAGGCUUCCCUGCUGCAUCGUGUUUACUAGAGAUAGUUCCAGGAAAACUUGUCUUGGCUCCUUCUAUCGACUGUUUCUCUGCGGAUAUGAAAAACAUCCUUAAAAUGGUUUCGUGUUUCUCAUCCUUCUGCUCAGAUGAGACUUCAACUCCUGUCUUACCCAGCCGGCUGCCCAUGGCUCUGGCGUUGCAGCAGCAGCAGCAGCUGGCUCAAGCUGCUGCGCUGGAGCAUCUGAAAGAGAGGAGAGAGCGCAGAGCAGGAGGAACAGGCGGAGCAGCAGCAGGAGCUGCAGCUGAUGGUCCGGAGAAGAAAAUGUUGCAGCUGGCAGAGGAGCAGCAGCGCCUGAUGCAACAGGCUCUCCAACAAAACCUGCUGGCUUUGGCCUCUCAGUUCAACCCGAUGAACCUCAAACUCAACAAUGGACAGGGUGAGCUACCUCUACUGUUCACACAGUACUUUUCUUUUAAAUCAAAUGAUCUAAGUGAAGUCAGUUUAACGAGUUAUCUUCUUGUUUUCACACAGAAACCAAGCAGGAUUUGUCUCUGAGCAUCUCCACCAAUGGAGCGGCCAGCAUCAGUGUAUCAGUGGAGGUCAAUGGCACUAUUUACUCAGGUGAGUUCUUUGAUUAAAAGUUGGCAGGGGUUUGUCCUUUUUAAAAACGUUCCCCCAACACUUCUUAAUCUUACUCAUCAACAUACUAAGUGAUGUUUGUACUUCUAGAAACUUAACAGUGGAAACAACAGCUUUGGGUGUUAGAGGGAUUAUGGGCAGGACUGUUUCUUGGCUCGCAGCAGUGACAUGUUGUUGCAAACAAACAGGAAAUAGCAUGUCAAUUAAUGAGAUUAGAGGUGCUUGUAGGCGGAUUUGUCACUUUCGGAUUGAGCCAGUAGGUGUUUUAAAGUACAUCCGGUCUGAAGGCUGUAAAUUAGAAUUUUCCUCGAUUUGGUCCUCCCUUAUUUAUUUCUUUUUCUCACUCAUUUUAAUUGUAGUCAUUUACUCCUCUGUAUUUAAGUGCUUAAUGGCACUGAAUGGCGUGAAAUUCGAUUGAAUAUUCAAAUUUGCAGUGUUCUCUAAUAAGCAUACAUAAUUCAAUCAAUCAAUCAAACUUUAUUUUUAAAGCACUUUUUAUACAUAUAAUGUAGCAUAAAGUGAUGUCCAUUCAAGCAAGAUAUUAAAAACAAUGAAAUAAAAUAAAUACAAAUACAAAUACCAAACCCCACCCAUCCUCCCAACCCCCAUUCAACACAUACAGCAUUCCCACGCUCACACACACAGAUGCAUACGCAAAAGACCAGGUGAGGACUCUUCAACUUGCCACAGAUGACUGUGGAAAUGCUAUCUUAACUUAAAGUUUAUUAUUUGAUAACUUCUUUUUUGCAUUGCAGGAAAGCUGUUUGCUCAGAAGUCAUCUGCUCCUGUGGCGUCUCAGGCUGUAACAGUGGCAGGAACCAGCGGUUUCAGUGCCCUCUCCUCCUCACACAGUCCCUCGUCUUCUUCAUCCACCUCUUCCAAGGGACCAAAUUAA